AUGAAUGAAAUUAAUACAACAAACCAUAAGACCCCUAGAAAAAGAAAAUUUAAAAGACGGAAACAAAAACCUGAAAGCAUUGUUGUAAAUUUGUCAUCUAAAGAACUUACACGUGCUGAGGAAUCUCUUUUAAGUAAAGGUUUAAAUUUCUGUCCCAUCCCAUCAACUGUAAAUAACUUUCAGUUAGACGAAGACCUAGACCAAUUCGCUAGACGUUUACGCUUGAAAGAUUUUUUCUACAACAGGGGCAAGAAAAACCUUGAAGAAGCCGGAUUAACAGAUUCAGAUACUGACACCAAUGAAGAAGUCACGUCCAUCCCAAAAUUUAGGAAAAAAAGUUCAUGGAAACCACCAAAGAGUAAAAAUGAUAACUUGGAGUCAUUCAUUAACUACGUGAGGUCUGAUAUAAAGUCCUGUAUAACAAAUACAAGAAAUUAUAAUUUAUCCAAGCCAGAAAGUAUAGCUUUGAAAGCAUUAAAAGAUCAAGAGGAUAUUGUAAUAAAGCCUGCCGACAAAGGGGGUGCUGUGGUUGUCAUGAAUAAAACAGAUUAUAUAGCAGAGGGGAAUCGCCAACUUUCAAACUCUAAUUUUUAUAAACAAUUAACCACAGAUCCAACGCUUAAUACUAUUCGAAGGAUCAACACCAUCCUACAAGAGAUGUUCGACAACAAGCAUAUAGACAAUGACACCUUUGAUUAUCUCCGACCUCUUGAGAACGAAGCAAAGGCCGGACGAUUCUAUAUGUUGCCUAAAAUACAUAAAACGGGCAAUCCAGGUCGACCAAUUGUAUCAGCGAAUAGUCAUCCAACUGAAAAGAUAUCAGAAUUUGUAGACCAUCAUCUAAGACCUCAUGUGAAAGAACUACCAUCAUUCAUUCAAGACACAACUGAUUAUCUAAAGAAAAUGGAAAGCCUCAAUCCUUUACCAAGCAAUACUAUACUUGCAUCCAUGGACGUGUCUUCUUUAUAUACCAACAUUCCACAAGACGAAGGAAUAGCAGCGUGUGAAGAGGCAUGGAACACUCGUAGUGAAAAAAAUCCUCCUACCGAGUGCCUUGUUACACUUCUCAAACUAGUACUGGAGAAUAACAACUUCUCUUUCAAUGAAAAACACUAUCUCCAGAUAGACGGUACUAGUAUGGGCACAAAAAUGGCCCCGUCAUAUGCCAACAUAUUUAUGGGCCAACUUGAAAAACGCCUCUUGGCUAGUGCUCCAUAUCAGCCCUUAUCAUGGUUCCGAUUCAUUGACGAUAUUGAUUUCAAAUGGACAGAUUCACAAGAACAUCUUAAUGAAUUUCUAGAACACUGUAACUCUUUCCACCAUUCAAUAAAAUUUACAUAUGAAUCCUCUAUGGAGAAAAUUAACUUCCUCGAUACUACGAGUUACAUCAAGAACGGAACCAUUAUAACGGACCUUCACACCAAACAAACGGACAAACAUCAAUUCCUUUCUCCAAAAAGUUGCCAUCCUAAACACUGCUCCCGUGGUAUCCCAUUCAGCCAGGCAUUACGAAUCAAGAGAAUAUGCUCUAAUGAAAAUACGAAAGAUGCUAGACUUGGACAACUUCGUAAACAUCUAGUUGUUCGAGGAUACAAUAACAACAUCAUUGAUAGCGCUUUCGAAAGAGCAAACAAAACUAGUCGCCAAGAACUUCUUGAGUACAAAGAUAAGAAUAAAGCAGCUAACAGAACACCCCUUGUACUCACUUACCAUCCUGAUUUUAAAAAUGUGUCAUCCAUUGUUCAGAAGCAUUGGAAAAUUAUAGAAAAUGAUUUAAAUCUAAAAAAAGUAUUUUCCUCACCACCAGUCAUGGCCUUCAGAAGACCUAAAAACAUCCGUGACAAAUUAGUGACUUCUGUAUUAGCAAAGCAGCCUACUCCAUCGCCCGGUUGCUACAAACAAUGUGGUCGAAGGAAUUGUUUGUGUUGUAAAGCUGCCAAUACAAGCAGUUCUUUCACCAGCUCCGUUACUGAACAAAAUUAUACCAUCUACUCAAAUUCCAACUGUAAAACGGAGAACUCAAUCUAUAUAUUAACAUGUGACACUUGUGGCAUUCAGUAUGUGGGAGAAACAAUGGACAAAUUUAAUAUCCGGCUUAAUAACCAUCGUUCAUCGUACAAAACCAACAAAAACUGUCCUCUCACAAGACAUCUUCGUUCAACGAAACAUCCUUUUGAAAAUGUCACUUUCCAAAUUAUAGAAGUCAACACCGAGUGGGACACCACGGCGCGAAGGAGAAGAGAAAACUUUUGGAUCCACCAACUCCACACUUUAGAACCUGAUGGUCUUAACGAAAAAGACGAGAAAAGAUACAGGAAAGAUAAAGAAUAA